AUGGCUUCCACUGCCAAUGACGAUGAGGAUGCCCGGCGAAGGACCGUUCAUAUCAAUGCGGAGACUGUCACCAACAUCACGUCCACCGACUUCCCUGGCCAUCACGCUGGCGAGGACGCUUCUUGGUCUCUCCAAAAAUUUCGCGACGGCUUGACUGUCGAGUUUCACAAAAACCAGACACACGACGCCGUGUUCUCUCUCGUUGGCAUUGAUGCCUCUAUCGCCAAUGCCUUCCGUCGUAUACUUCUCGCCGAAGUCCCCACGCUCGCCAUCGAGAAAGUCUACGUCCAGAACAAUACGUCUGUGAUCGCCGACGAAGUCCUCGCCCACCGAUUAGGCCUAAUACCCUUCCGCGGCUCGAUCAGUGGCCUGAAAUGGCUGAAAUGGUAUUUUGCACCCAACGACGAGCAGAAUUACAAGGGAAUGGAUCGUACGGACUACAACACUGUUGUCUUUCAGCUGCAAGCAAAGUGCAUGCGGAAUCCUGAUGGUAGCGAUAACCACAUCAACGGCAAUGUCUACAGCGAACAGAUCCAAUGGAUAGAGCAAGGACGGCAGAAAGAGCAAUUUGCAGGCGAUCCCAUCAGCCCCGUGUCGGAAAAGAUCCUCAUUGCGAAAAUGCGCCCGGGACAGGAACUCGACAUGACGAUGCAUGCGCAUCUGGGAGUCGGCAAGGAUCACGCAAAAUUCAGCCCUGUGGCGACAGCAACCUACAGGCUCAUGCCUAUGAUCACGAUAUUGAAGCCAAUCCUCGGUGCCGAUGCGGUCAAGUUCCAGGGGUGCUUCUCGCCCGGCGUUAUCGACCUGGAACGCGUUACGGCUUCGGACGUGGCUUCCGGCAACCCUGUGUACGCGGAUCGAGAAGGCGAUGAGAAAGCAGUGGUGAAGAACCCUUUCGAAGACACAGUAUCGCGAGAAUGUCUCCGACACGACGAAUUCAAGGGCAAGGUGAAGCUGGGCCGGCGACAGGAUCACUUCAUCUUCAGCGUCGAGAGUACGGGCCAGUAUCCCAGUGACAUUCUGUUCUCGGAUGCCGUGGGCGUGCUGAAGUACAAGGCCAAGAGGCUUCUCAGAGCAAUGGAAGAGAUAGAUGGGUGA